AUGCAGCGAAAAGGCUCAAUCUCUGCCAUCGGCCUUUGGAAAGCCGGCACCGUACUUCUUCCUACGACCUCUCUUGUACCUGAUGUUCUACGAGCGAAAUUCACAACUUCUCUGCCUAAGCCACAGCUCCUGCCGCCGUUUGAACGCAGUCAAAUCAAUGAAAGUCGAUUGCACAUGUACUUUUACAUUGAAGAUGCAAUAAACAUUUUUUAAACAGUUUUUAAAACAACAUUUUUGACGAUACACACUCGCUUCCUUAAUUCUUCACAAUUUGUUUUAACCAAGAAACUCGAACUUUUUACGGACGAACAAGGUUGGAAGUGUUGAGCGUUAUGUUAAAUUCAAAAAUUGGUUCAAGCAGCAAAACUUUCCAGGAAUAGGUGUUUCCUGCUCUUCAAGAUUUUCACAAAACGGAUGUUCUAUCUGAACCUGCUUAGAUCUUGAGCAAAUCUUUCAGGCAUUGGUGACGCUACCUUGCAGUCAAACAAACAGGUGUGAGUUUCACUGAAUAGCGACGAUCACGGCAGCAAACAAGGGCGGUUCCCAUGAAGCCGCAGUAGAUGUGCAAAUUGACCGUGAUCGAGUUGUCCUACUUUCCAAAGAAGACCGUUAUCCUCCAGGUAGGCUAAUGGCGCAGCGACAGCAAGUCAGAACCAAAAACUUGAUCGGUUUCCUUCGCUUCUCUAGGACAAAAAAAAAAUUAAAUCUGUGAAAGAACUUUUCCGGACUUUUUUCCCUUCAAUUUUGCUAUGUGAUUUUUUUAAAAAAAUUGAAUUUCCGACUUUCCGAAAAAAAUUCUGCCAGCUUUUUAAAUUUAUUUUUUUCAUUUUUUUACACCUUCCCUACUUCUCAAAACUCAUUUUACUGCAUGAUGCUUUAUCUACCAAAAUUACAAAAAAGGGGCUGGAAGUUUUUCAGCUUGCUGAAAAAAGAUACAAUUCUGGAGCGCACCAAAAGAACCUUUAAAAUUAAAUAAAAAAAUCGAUUUGUUAUAACGACGGUGGGUCGUCUAUCGAAGGAUGGGCUAUUUCUCCCAAAUACCGCGCUUAUAACUUGAAGUGAUUCCAAUGCUCGACCGGUGUAAAUGGCAGAGUGUUUCGAAGGCACUUGAGAUGCGUUUAGUGGCAGAAGCACGCGUCAUUGCUUUCGAACGAGUUCUUGUAGGGUAAUGGAAAUCUGAACGGUUUUUGUCGGUCGACGCCUACUUUAUCGCCAUUCUUUUGGUCAAAAAACGGUAUCCGACGUCUCUCAAGGUCGUCCUUUCGCCGUUGUUCGUCAACUUUCCAUCUGUUUCGAUUCAAAUCGCCAAUUAAUAAUUGAGUACAUAUCCUUUUUGGUCUAAGUUGCGUCGACGUCCCAAUCUUUUUAUUCUCUUGACCUGGUUUCGGAAAAGCAAUAAAUCCUGAUCAGAUGUAUUUGCUGCACUUGUUGACUCCUUGACAUAUUACGUCAAAUCCUCUUUUGUCUGUAUUGGUAUUGUUUUUGGACUGUUUCUUUGAGGAAGCGUCUGUUUGCAAAAGCAGGAGCUAAACGGUACUCGACAAGGUGCGGAGGACCCUUUGCCUGUUUCUUCGGCUGUUCGGAGCCACUCGGCAUCUGUCCAUAUUUGGAUGGCCGAUGAAGUGCCAAAGCGCGUCGAAAUUCUCCAGUAG